AUGGACGGGUCACAUCUCCAGAAACUUCCUGUAGAACUACGCAGCCAGAGCUAUCCCCUGGUUGUCGCACAACGGCGAAAGAUUCAUGUCAAUCUUUUGCGUCACGCCGUUCGACGUAUCCGCGCUACUUCGGAGGAUGCACACGUCCUCGCUCUCGCUCAAGCCUGUCGCCAGCUUCGUGCCGAGUUUCUCCCAAUGUUCUACGCCAGCAUCGAAUUCGUCCUCCAUACUGCUUUGCUGAAUCGGCAAGACGCCAGUGCUACUAGGAGGGCGGAUAUGGUGAAGCAGGGCUUGGUGAAGUGGUCGAACGCGAUGGGUGCCGGUCAAUCCGAGAAGUUGCACCGGGUGGUUCUGGACAUUGGAGUCGUCGAUAUGGUCCUACAUGGGAGCGUGGGAGAGCAAAUGCGCGCUCUUUCGGGAGCGUCCUGGGAUCAGGUAACGACUACGGUUCGCACAGCUCUUCCGCUCGCGACCGAUGCUUCUGUCUUGCGGCGCAUCACUAUGCCCUGGCUCGCCCACCCUCACACCCUCAUCGAGCGCCCGACCCUCCGUAUCUCUCUCGACCUUCCUCUCGACGACAUGGUCGAGACAUUACGUAUCUUCCGACAGAGCUCCGCAGACCGCGCCAACCGGGUACGAGAAUGGCGCGCCUCUCGACAUCGUGUGCCAUCUGUUCGGCCUCCACUACCAGCCCUUCAACUGCUUUCGCCCCCGUCGGCCUCGAACGAUAGCGCAGGAGAGUCGGGAGCAGGAUUCUACAUCCGUUUCUUUUGA